AUUAAAAAUGGUAAACUCUGACUCGGUACGUAGGCAUAUUGUUAUUGAAUUAACAAAGAGCGCUGAAAACCAAUUUAGCUUCUUUUUGUUACAACUAGUAGCUAAGGCUUCUUUCGUAGCAGUCGAUUUAGAACUCAGUGGCCUUGGAGACUUGAAAUCUCUUAAACAUCCGAAUCUCGAAGACCGUUACCGGUUACUCUCUUUAACGGCAAAGUCCAGGGCUAUUGUUUCUCUAGGAUUAUCUUUUUUUUGUCCCUUAGAUGUUAAUGAUUUUCAAGUGUACUCUUUUAAUAUAUUAACGGCAUGCCAGGAUAGUUAUACUGUUGACCCCAGCAGUUUACAGUUCUUAGCAGAUAACGGUUUUGAUUUUAAUAAACAAAUAUCGGAAGGGCUGCUAUAUUAUUCUGGAAAUGAUCGAGAAGAAGAAAGAACUCCCUUUUUGAGGAAACUGUUUUUAGAAAUAAGUAACUCAAAUUUACGUGUUGUUUUGCAUAACGGCUUCAUUGAUCUUAUAUUUCUUUAUCAGGCUUUUUAUGCCGAUCUUCCUAGUAGCCUUGAGACCUUUGUUGCUGACGUGUCUUGCCUUUUUCGCGGCGGCAUCGCUGAUACCAAGUACAUAGCCGACUACCAAGUUAGGGAUGACGCAAGUUUUUUGGAGUAUUUAUUCUGGAAAAGAAUGAAGACCAUGGCUACCGAGAAUUUUGCCUCAGUCUCUAUUUCAAAUCUCCUUUUAGCUUCUUCAUUCGACCCUCUUAUCAAUAUCAGAAUGAACGAGAUUGACUUGUUCGAUUUAAGCCGAGCUCCACCCACACCUGUUGUCCUUUGCGCCCAAUACGCUAGCCACGGCAACUGUUCGCAUGGCCGCCACUGCCUCCUCUCCCACGACAUCAAACUUUUAUUUACAGCCGGCAACUCCGUUUCUUUAGGAGGAAGCGCCCUACAUGCCCCCAAAGCCGAAAAGCUUUCGAAGAAGCAGAAAAAAAAGAUGCGGAAAUCUUUAAAGCGUGCGAAACAAGAGUGUUUAGCUAAUGUUGCUAAGCGCUUUGCCCUCGAGGAGUCAACAGGGGAGCGCCCCCGCAGUAAUGGCUUUGCGGCCAACGCCGAGCCACGUGACGAGCUUCGCGAAAGGGCCACGCGGGAUGCUCUCUGCCCUACUGAAAGGUUCAGUCACCGGGCGGGCUUCGACGCCUUCAUGACUGGCUUUGUCUACUUUGUCGACAGUCACAUAUAUAAUGAGAAGUUAACGGCGUUUGACAAUAUGCUUUUUCUAAGCUAUAAAAAAGUCCCUCUCAAGUUGGAGAAAAGCGCGUAUGCACUGAACUCACAGGAGUUCUUGCGAAAAAGCAGGAACGUCGCUCAGCAACAAUUAUUCGGCAAGUAGACUAAUUAGCUAAUUACCAACAGACUAAGCUUUGGAAU